CGGCGCCAAAAGAUGCGGAUGAAACAGGUCUAUAGGGUUCCCUUUGAGCGCAAUUCUGCGUGACACAAAGACCUACGUUACGAGUAUGUGCAAAGGAUAUUACAGUUGGAUGCGAUGGCCAGACCUCAUGAGUACCUCUUCCUGGAUGAGGCUGGCUUCAACCUGCAGAAACGAAGGCAAAGAGGCCGUAACAUCAUUGGCCAAAGAGCCAUCACUGAGGUUCCUGGCCAACGGGGGGGUAAUAUUACUCUUUGUGCGGCCAUGGGUUUGGAGGGGCUUGUCUGCCGGCAUGCUGUCCUUGGGUCUUACAACACCCAACGUCUCCUCACCUUCCUAGGGGAGCUAAAAGACAUCCUCCAGGACCGCCAACACCACCAUCCUGGGCCCGCACAUCACAUUUAUGUGAUCAUUUGGGACAAUGUACGCUUCCACAAAACAAACCAAAUCAGAGAGUGGUUCACCACCAACAGGAACCACUUUUUAAACGUCUGUCUGCCACCCUACUCCCCUUUCCUGAACCCUAUAGAGGAGUUCUUCUCAUCGUGGAGAUGGAAGGUUUAUGAUAGACAACCAUACACUAGAGAGAAAAUCCUAAGGGCAAUGGAGCUCGCCUGUGUUGACAUCCCAGUGGAGGCCUUCCAAGGAUGGAUUUGCCAUUCCAGGGCGUUUUUCCUGCGGUGCCUGGCAAGAGACAAUAUAGCCUGCGAUGUGGAUGAGGUGAUGUGGCCCAAUGCAGCUCAGCAACAUGAUGCCGCACAGUGAUUGUGGUGUGAAUAAAGUAAAUAAAAAAACUUCACACCCUGAUCAUGUUUUCAAGAGUACUGUUGUGUGCAAUAGAUUCUGUUUUUGCAUUGAGUUGUGUUACAGUAGUGUACAUGCAGAAUUUACUAUAGAUUUAUACUCUUCAUAUGAAACUCACAAAUCUAAAUGCCUAAUCUUCUGCAGAGAUCAAAGAACAUCCAUUACUGUAAAGUUUCUAAAAAUAUGCAUUGGCAGUUAUGAAACAAAGAACCUUCUCACAAAUUGAGCAUUGUGUUUUCAAUUGUUUUGCUGUAGUGUGUAAUGAUGUGUAUAGUGUUUACAUUUUUGAAAGCUUCAAGCUGCUCUUUUGGUGUGAAAGUUAGAGUUUUGAAGUGAGAAGGUAGCUUUAGAAAAGGGUGUUGUGUUUAGACAUUGGGGAACAUGGAGGAAACGUUUGUGAAAUGUGUUUUAGCAUUUGAGGAAAA